AUGCUCUUCAGCCGCACGCUGCGUCUAUCCAAGCGGUUCGGCGACAACACGGACUUUGUGGAAGGCAACAUCAACAAAGCCCACCAGACCAUGCGAAGCUUCUUCGGCGUCAACGCCGCGCCGGGUGAGAGCGGAACGGGCAUCGCCUCCAUGGAGCGUUCGAGCCUCCUCCAGGCGAACCAGAGCGCGAAAGCCAAGGAGGAGCUGGAGGAAGCUCUGUGGGAGACGCAGGAUGACCUCUACUUCGCAUCCAUCGAGUACGGGAAGGAUCUGGGCGUGAACAUCACUUCCGAGCUCGGGGGCCACGCGGCCCAGGAACAGCUCGAGGCGCUUCUUGCCAAGAAGGAGAAGAAUGAGGAAGCCGAAGACAAGGAUGAAGCCGAAGAGAAGGAGGAAGUCGAAGAGACCUUCAAGUUAUUCAGCUUCAAGAACCCCGGGAUGAUCAGCUUCGAGGCAGAGCGAAGUUGCGUGGGCAUUGUGCAAAGGCCUCUGUGCCCAUGCCCGCUACGUUUCCAACACGGCAAAGCAAAUAUUGUCCAGGGCCUCCUGCAUGGGAACUGGCUCCAACUCGGGCUCCAGAUGGCCUUCGGGCCCUACGAGAGCCCGCACAUGAAGAUCCCACUGCUGAACUUGGCGGACCAGUUCGCUGCCAUCCUUGCCGCACUGCCCUCCGGUCUCGUUUCCGUGGAGAGCCGGGCCAAGGCGAUCGCAUCGCUGAAGGACUUCUCCAGCAAGGAUGUGAAGAAGGUCAAGGCGAAGGUCCCGAAGCUCAUCCCCGGCACCACCAUCGGCUUGCGCAAUCCUCACUGGGGUCGCUACAUGAGGAUGAACAACGCAAUUAUGGACACGAGCUCACCGCAGGGUCUUGAUUUUCCAGCGGGAUGGGAAUUCGAGCUUUUCACUGUGGUGGACGCCGGGAACGGCGAGGUUGCCUUCCACAAUCCUCGGUGGAAUCGCUUCGUGUGGAUGGAAGGAGCCACGUGCGUGGCCACCCACCACCACCCGGCCGCCGGCUACAGCCGGGACUGGGCCAAGGCACGCUUCAUGGAGGUCGCUGCGGGGGACAACACCAUCGCGCUGUACAACAAAGCCGAGGGUCGCUUCUUGAGGCUGCACAACACCAUCAUGGACUCCAGCCCACCGGUUUCGAGCGAGUUUCCGGCUGGCUGGGCUUUCGAGAGAUUCCAGAUCGUCCCGACGGGUCCUUACGGUGGCAUUAAGCCCGGCAUGGUGGUGGCCCUUUACAACACCCAUUGGAAAAGGUUCAUCCGCAUGCACCAGACCUACAUGGACGCCAGUGCUGAGCAUCCACCACACUUGGCCAAUAAGGCCGGCUACCCCGCGGGAUGGACUUGGGAGCAAUUCACGGUGGUUGACGGUGGGAACGGCAACAUUGCCCUGCAUAGCGCCAUCCACAACCGUUUCGUGUCCAUGCGCAGCGGCACCGCGCUGGGAGCGAGCUCUCCCAUGGCUGCCAAUGCCCUUCCCAC